AUGUGGGAAGUGUACAAUCAAGUGCCGGCGACCAAUCCGACGUGCGAGGACCGAUCGUACGACCCGACCAUGUGCGGCUUUAACGACACGUUUCCUUGCGUCCCACUCGACGGAUGCGGGUCGUGGUUGAUCGUGCCGUUCAUGUAUGUGUUCUACUUGGUGAUGGGUUACAUUGGAAUCAACUUGUUUUCCGGGAUCGUGGUCGACGCGAUCGGGGACGCGUCCAGCGACUGCCCUGUCAACGUCAAUACGCUCGCCGAGUUCUCGGAUCGGUGGGCCAAGUUUGAUCCGUCUGGCACAGGCCUCAUCACGGCUGGCGAGCUGACCGACUUUUUGUACACCGUGUACCCGCCGUUCGGGUUCAAGGGCGUGCCGGGGUUCACACGCCGCCGCGUUGUGAUUGCGAUCGGUGAGCUGGACAUUCCUGUGUACGAUAAAAAGUAUGUGCACUUCAAGGACGUGCCGCGCGCGCUGGUCCAACGUGUGCUUGCCGGGGGCAACCGCGAAAAGCAUGCCGAAAUUUCCCAAGUGAUGGAACGCCUCGGGAUAAACAAACAAUUCGACGAGAUGUGGUUUCGAAACCACGGCAAGCGACACCAAGCAAACUUGCUCAAUAGAGACAAGUCCCACGUCAAGGAGUACUCGGCUUCCGUAGUGAUCCAGCGAUUUCUCGCGCGUCUCCGACUCAACCGACAGCGACAGCUCUCCAAGCCCAAUCUGAGCCACCAGCCGUUGGAUACAGGUCCACUCGUGGUCCGUCCAGUUGGACCUUCGUUGGCGCCAUUGGCAAUGCCUGCCGGACCCGCCGACACGUGUCUGAAGCCACUGAUCAAGGUCCAGAACGGUGUUGUGGUGUCCACACAAACUGAUUUUUCACCUCCGGAGCUUUGA